CCCCAGCGGCCCGGGGCUACCAGCGCGCUCCGGCCUUGCCGCCGCCACCUCGCGGAGAAGCCAGCCAUGGGCGCCGCCCGUUCCUCCGCGCUGGCCCGCUUUGUCCUCCUCGCGCAGCCCCGGCCCGGGUGGCUCGGGGUCGCCGUGCUGGGACUGACCGCAGUGGCGCUGGGGGCUGUCGCCUGGCGCCGCACAUGGCCCAAGCGGCGCCGGCGGCUGCUGCAGCAGGUGGGCACCGUGGCGCAGCUCUGGAUCUACCCUGUGAAAUCCUGCAAGGGGUUGCCAUUGAGCGAGGCUGAGUGCACGGCCAUGGGGCUGCGCAGCGGCAACCUGCGGGACAGGUUUUGGCUUGUGAUCAACCGGGAGGGAAACAUGGUUACUGCUCGCCAGGAACCUCGCCUGGUCCUGAUUUCCCUGACCUGUGAUGGUGACACCCUGACUCUCAGUGCAGCCUACACAAAGGAUCUACUACUGCCCAUCAAAACGCCCACCACAAAUGCAGUGCUCAAGUGCAGAGUGCAUGGCCUGGAGAUUGAGGGCAGAGACUGUGGUGAGGCCGCUGCCCAGUGGAUAACCAGUUUCCUGAAGUCACAGUCCUACCGCCUGGUGCACUUCGAGCCUCACAUGCGACCGAGAUAUCCUCACCAAAUAGCAGACUUGUUCCGACCCAAGGACCAGAUUGCUUACGCAGACACUAGCCCAUUCAUGAUCCUUUCUGAGGCAUCGCUGGCAGAUCUCAACUCCAGGCUAGAGAAGAAAGUUAAAGCAACCAACUUCAGGCCCAAUAUUGUAAUUUCAGGAUGCGAUGUCUACGCAGAGGUAACGCUAUGCCCCUUUGCAUCUUUCCUUGGAUUUGACUUCUUUUUCAAGGAUUCUUGGGACGAGCUUCUUAUUGGCGACGUGGAACUGAAAAGGUUGAUGGCUUGUUCCAGAUGCAUUUUAACCACAGUGGACCCAGACACCGGCGUCAUGAGCAGGAAGGAGCCGCUGGAAACACUGAAGAGUUAUCGCCAGUGUGACCCGUCAGAACGAAAGUUAUAUGGAAAAUCACCACUCUUUGGGCAGUAUUUUGUGCUGGAAAACCCAGGGACCAUCAAAGUGGGAGACCCUGUGUACCUGCUGGGCCAGUAAUGGGAACUGUAUGUCCUGGAAUAUUAGACGCCUUUAAAAAAUGUUCUCAAAAAUGACAACACUUGAAGCAUGGUGUUUCAGAACUGAGACCUCAACAUUUUCUUUAAAUUUGUGAUUUUCACAUUUUUCCUCUUUUGGACUUCUCAUGUCUCAAUGCUUCAAUGUCGCAGUGCACAAAGCAAAGAAAUACAGUCUUGAUAACUUAGUAGGCUUCCAGUAAGACACUUAAGUGACAAGACACUUAAGUGUCUGAAAACACUUACAGACAGGAUUCUGAAAACUCCCUGUUUAACUGAUUAUGGAAUAGUUCUUUCUCCUGCUUUGCCAUUUAUCUACCAAGAGUGCAGACUUCCAUCCUGUCACUACCACUCAUUAGGGAAAGAGAAGAAGAGAAAGAGGAAGAGUGGGUAGGCCAGAAGAAUGUCCUAGAAUGUGUUAUUACCCCUGUGCAUGAGGUAUGCAAUGAAAAUUAAAUAGCUCCCCAAAUAUGGCUGGAAUGUCACUUCCCUUUUCUUCUUAAGCCCCGGGCUAGCUUUUGAAAUAGCAUAAAGACUGAGGUGACCUUCAGGAAGCACUUCAGAUAUUAAUUUUCCAUAGGUCUGGAUCUGGCCCCGCUGCUUCUCAGACAGCAUUGGAUUUCCUAAAGGUGCUCAGGAGGGUGGUUGUGUAGUCACGGAGGACCCCUGGAUCCUUGCCAUUCCCCUCAGCUAAUGACUGAGUGCUCCUUCUCCAGUUCUGGGUGAAAAAGUUCUGAAGUCUGUGGAGGAGAAGAAAAGCGAUUCAAUGAUUUCAAAUGGAUACUGAAAACCUUUAAAGGGGGAAAAGGAAAGCGUAUGUCAGUUGUUUAAAACCCAAUAUCUACUUUUUUAACUGAUUGCAUAACUCUAAGAUCUGAUGAAGUAUAUUUUUUAUUGCCAUUUUGUCCUUUGAUUAUAUUGGGAAGUUGACUAAACUUGAAAAAUGUUUUAAAAACUGUGAAUAAAUGGAAGCUACUUUGACUAGUU